AUGAACUUCUUUGGGACCCCAACAAUGUUCCUUCAUGGACUGGCUGCAAAUAAGUUCAUCUAUACUUGUGAUGGUAACACACUUGUCAAUCAACAUCCAUUAUCGCCUGAACUGUUAAAGCAAUAUGCUGGUAAGAUAGAUGAAGAAGUUAGGAAGCAUUUUGAGAUGCAUUGGCAUGGCAAGCAGAAGAUUUCGGCAAUGCUAUUGAUGAAGACCCUUACAUUCAACAUUUUGAGCUCACUGAUAAUUGGAAUUGAACAAGUUGAGAAAAGAGACGUACAUAUAGAGCUAUUUCAACAACUGCUGAAGGGUGUUCUAUCGAAUGAUCUUGCAAGUAUCAAAUACACAUGGAAAGAAGCUUUGGAGUCUCUAAGGAUAAUGUCUCCUGUAUUCAUUUCCUUCAGGAGGGUCGUUAAAGAUUUGGAGUAUGAAGGAUACCUUAUUCCCAAAGGAUGGCAGGUAGCUUGGUCAGCCUGCAUGACACACAUGAAUGAGUGUAUCUUCCCAGAUCCAUCGAAGUUUGAACCAAGACAUUUCAAGAAAUCAGCAUUCCUCCCUCCAUACAGUUUUGUAGCAUGA